AAUGGACAUGGAUGAAGAGGAAGACGGGAAUCAACCCACCGCAAUAAUAAAACAAGAGGGAACCUCUGAGCAGGUGAAAGGGAUGCGGAAAGAGAAGAAAAAUGGGCGUGGUCGUGGAGGACGUCGUACGAGAAACGACGAAGAAGAACGAGAACCAGAGCUCGGUCCCGACGGGCUGCCUAUCCCAAAGGCACCUCGACUACCGAAACGACAAUGUGCUCUACUUCUGGGAUUCUGUGGCUCUGGGUACAGCGGCAUGCAGAGUCAGCCAGACCAUACACGCACCAUUGAGGGCGUCCUGUUCAAUGCAUUGGUCAAAGUAGGAGCUGUGUCGCAAGACAAUGCCGACAAUCCAGUCAAGGUUGGCCUGGCUCGUGCAGCUCGUACGGACGCUGGAGUUCAUGCUGCAGGGAAUCUGGUGUCGCUGAAGAUGAUCAUGGCAAUCCCAGGCGUAAAGGACCUUGUUGGCCGGAUAAACGAGCAGCUUCCUCCAGAGAUCCGGCUAUGGGGAUAGAGUAGAGUGCAAAACUCGUUCAAUGCUCGGCGGAUCUGUGAAAGUCGGAAAUACACCUACUUCUUCCCAACGUAUCUCUUGAUACCACCAAAACCUGGCUCAAAUUUCGCUAACAUCUGGGCGAAGCACGCCGGUUCAGAAACGGCGAGCAAGCCCCACCCGUUUUGGGAGAACAACGACACUGGCACCAAGGAAGAGGAUAUGGUUCGCAAACGGGCGUGGAGGAUCAGUCCAGAGCAGGUGGAGGGCCUAAGGAAUCUCGCGGAACGAUAUCACGGUACACACAAUUUCCAUAACUUCACAGUGGGACGAGAUUUUGGAGACAGGAGCAAUUACCGGUAUAUGAAGAAGAUCGAGGUGAUUAAACUCUUUUCUCUGAGGCACAUAUCUUUGUUCGUACUGAUGCCUGGAGUUAAGAUUGCAGAUCCGGUGGUGUAUGGAGAUACCGAAUGGAUCAGCGUCCUCUUCCAUGGGCAGAGUUUUAUGCUGCACCAGGCAAGCCUCCUUGUACUCUCGCAGCUGAUGCUAAUUGUUGUCUGCGUCGCCCAGCGCAAAAUGAUGGCAGUCCUCGUCCUCGCAUGUCGAAUGGGAACACCGUCAAGAAUCAUGAGCGAGCUCUACGGCCAGCGAGACGUCUUCGUCCCAAAAAUGCCCGCCCUCGGUCUUCUUCUCGAAGAACCGCUAUAUGGCUCGUACAACGAACGAAUGACCGUCAUCAACGAAAAGCUCAAACCAACCGACGCUGACUACCGACCGCCCAUCGACUUUGAGCCCUACCGCGAGCAGAUCGACACUUUCAAAGAGGAGUUCAUAUACAAAAACAUGCGAGGGGUUGAGGACCGGGAUGGAUGAUUUGAUGCCUGGAUUCGCUCCAUCGACAUGUACGCCGGUAACGAUUUUCUGUAUCUCAACCCGACAGGCGCCAUACCCGACGACGCGGUCAUCCUGAAAGGCGUCAAGCGAGCCCAUCCGUUCAGGGAGAAGAAGGUCUUUGACACGACGUCCUUCACGAAUCAUGCUGAGAUCAAGAAGAAGCUGGAGGAAGAGGACGGGGAGGUGGAAGAGGACGAGAUCAUUGAUAAGAAGAACAUUGAGGAAACCGAGGGGUA